UUCAUUAUGCUAAUGACUACUUGUCAUGACUUUACCAAAGAUAAUAUAAGUGUUCAGAAACUUCUGCCAGCUUUGAUUAUACAUGACAGAAUUGGAGAACUAUUUCAAGUAUAGAUGAGCAGCUGCUGUUAUUUUGUUAAAGGAUGUCGAUUGUUAGCUCUUCAACCACAUUAAAAUCACUGGAAAUGGGAUUCCAGGACAAGAUUGACACUUUGCAAGUAUGUGCAGAGCUAAGAGGAGGCUGGGGAGGGGAUACAGUCAUUGAGCUUCAGCAGCUUAGCAUGGAAUUGCAGACAAUGAGGCAAGAUAUUGCCAAUUACAGGCAAAUUUUGGCCACUGCUAAGAAAGACAUUCAAAUGGCACAUGAUCUUCAAGAGCAGAUAAAACAGAUGUCAUUACGACUUGUGCACAUGAAAACAAAUUUACCAAUCCAUUUGCCACAUGCUGAUGCUCCUGCUUGUGGUGCAACUGCUGUGCCAUCCAAUUUAACAACCAAAAAAAAUACCAGCAAAGAUGUACCUCCUAAUAUACAGGGAAAGGUUUCUGCAAAGGCAGGAUCUGGGAAAGAAAGGCAUGUCCCAGUUAUUGACUAUGCUACUGUGGAUGAAUUUGAAUCUGUACCAAAGUACAUCCGUGGCCGUCUUCAGUAUGAUCAGGUAAACAAUGCUGUAGAUGAAUUGAACAAAGCCUUGGAGUGUAAGUAUUCUCUCAUGUCACGGCCCAGAUCAAAAAUUUCUGAGGUUGAUUGGAGGAUCAUCACUACUUGCAAGCGGCAGGAGAUCCCGGAGACCAAAGGUGUUUACUUUGUGGUUGAUGAUGACAUCAAACGAUGGAGUGGACUCAAGUUGGACACAGCUGGAAGAUCUACGAUUACUGUCUUGCGUACUUUGAAACGGAUACGGGAAAUACGUGGCCCAGGCAGCCUUGUGAGAUUUGCUGUCCUUACUUACAUGUAAUUUCAAGCAUUUGCCAUUGUCCAUUUUUUCUAUUUAUAUUUUCCACUUCUGUUAAAUUAACCACUUCAAUCUUCGUUCCAUACUGCCAUAAAAUGUAUCUAACCUUGAAACUAAUGUGUCCUAUAUUUGAAAUGCCAUGAGUGUGUACAUGUUUCCUUGGCGGUGUAUUCUGUAUGUUUGUUUGGUUAUCAUAUAUAUGUGCAGCAGCUGCCACUUAUUUGCAGUGUGAAAUAAAACUAUAAGGAGAAUGAGUAUUAUUCUCAGACAGGACAUGCAGGGUGAAAACGUAGGUGAAAAGAAAACUAGAAAGGGAUAAUAUGAACUGGAAACUAACAUUUAUUAAAAGGGUUUUGUAGAAGUGAAGAAAUUGGAGGUAACCACUAAGUGAGACUGAAGCAUGAGCAAAGCCAGUGAUGAAGGAAAGCUGUACCCCCAUUUUACUAUCCUCCAGAGCCGUACCUCUGCUGUUGACUAAGACACCCAUUCUACUAAAAAAGUCCUGAAAGUCAUUUUCAGUAACAGUAGCCUAACGAUCAACUUUCAUUUUAUGAAAGUAAAUAAAUCUUUGAAAAAUACAUAGUGGUUCUGCAUCCCUUAGUACAUUCUCCAGAUGUGUUAACAAUCUUUUUAUAGUAGAGUAUACACAUUUCAUGUAAUAUUUUGUGCUGUUCGAGUGUGAGCAAGGUAACAUUUAUCAAGGGUUUCCGAGAAACUGGUUAGCUGGACUUAGAGUCCUGUAGAUGGGAAGUACAGUGCCUGCACUGGGGAUAAGCAGUUCAGAAGAUAAUAUGACCUGUGAUGUUGGCAUACUUCUGGCAAGAGUGAUUGAAUGAAUGAAGGCAAAAAAUUUUCUUCUUUUCUGGGUCACCUUACUAUGGUGGAAGACUGCUGAUGUGUCAAAAACAAAAAGUUGUCUUAGUAGGCCGACUUAUAUUUUGUAACUACAGUACCUAUUAAAAGGAGUCUUUCUUGUAUGGAACUUCCAGGUAAUUUAGAUUU